AUGCCGGGCCAAUCAGGCGACGGGCCUCCAGCAGGCUUGGUGCAUCUGAAGGGACAAGGGCUGUAUCUAUACAUGGCUCUGUCGCCCAGCCAGGACAGCAUCUCCUCCCAGCCAGGACAUCACGUCUCUCCUGGCAGGUCACCAGCCAGGACAGCAUCUCCCCCCAGCCAGGACAUCACCUCUCCCCAGCCAGGACAGCAUCUCCCCCAGCCAGGACAGCAUCUCCCCCAGCCAGGACAGCAUCUCCCCCCAGCCAGGACAGCAUCUCUCCCCAGCCAGGACCGCAUCUCCCCCCAGCCAGGACAGCAUCUCCCCCCAGCCAGGACCGCAUCUCCCCCAGCCAGGACCGCAUCUCCCCCCAGCCAGGACCGCAUCUCCCCCCAGCCAGGACAGCAUUUCCCCCCCAGCCAGGACAGCAUCUCCCCCCAGCCAGGACAGCAUCUCUCCCCAGCUGCCAGGACAGCAUCCCUCACAGCCAGGACAGCAUCUCCCCCCAGCCAGGACAUCAUCUCUCCCCAGCCAGGACAGCAUCUCCCCCCAGCCAGGACAGCAUCUCUCCCCAGCCAGGGCAGCAUCUCUCCCCAGCCGGGGCAGCAUCUCUCCCCAGCCAGGGCAGCAUCUCUCCCCAGCCAGGACAUCAUCUCCCCCCCAGCCAUGACAUCAUCUCCCCCAGCCAGGACAGCAUCUCCCCCCAGCCAGGACAGCAUCUCCCCCCAGCCAGGACAGCAUCUCUCCCCAGCCAGGACCGCAUCUCCCCCCAGCCAGGACAGCAUCUCCCCCCAGCCAGGACAGCAUCUCUCCCCAGCUGCCAGGACAGCAUCCCUCACAGCCAGGACAGCAUCUCCCCCCAGCCAGGACAUCAUCUCUCCCCAGCCAGGACAGCAUCUCCCCCCAGCCAGGACAGCAUCUCUCCCCAGCCAGGGCAGCAUCUCUCCCCAGCCGGGGCAGCAUCUCUCCCCAGCCAGGGCAGCAUCUCUCCCCAGCCAGGACAUCAUCUCCCCCCCAGCCAGGACAGCAUCUCCCCCAGCCAGGACAGCAUCUCCCCCCAGCCAGGACAGCAUCUCCCCCCAGCCAGGACAGCAUCUCUCCCCAGCCAGGACCGCAUCUCCCCCCAGCCAGGACAGCAUCUCCCCCAGCCAGGACAGCAUCUCCCCCCAGCCAGGACAGCAUCUCUCCCCAGCCAGGACCGCAUCUCCCCCCAGCCAGGACAGCAUCUCCCCCCAGCCAGGACAGCAUCUCCCCCCAGCCAGGACAUCACAUUUCCCCUGUCAGGUCCCCAGCCAGGACAGCAUCUCUCCCUGA